GCUUCCAGUUCAAAUUCAAACACCAGGUUCUAGAACCCACCCAACCCCCAUUCCGACGCCACAGCGACACCGCCCACCAUGGCUAAGCCUCACGCCGGCUUCAACACCCCGCGCCCCUCCUCUGUCCGCUCCGCCGCCGCCGCCACCGCUCGCACCACCACGGGUUCCUCGUCGUCGGAGACGACCCCCGUCGCCCCCACCUCCAUCCCCUGCGUUGACGUCUCCUCCUCGGGCGCCAAGGCCGGUGGCACCUCGGCCAUCCGCACCUCCGUGGGCUCCUCGUCAUCCGCGGAUCUCUUCGGGACCUCCACCCGCAGCUCUGUGGGCUCUUCGUCAUCCAUAGAUCUCUUCGGGACCUCCACCCGCAGCUCCGUGUGCUCCUCGUCAUCCACGGAUCUCUCCGCGCCCACCAACCGCGACAUGGCCUCCGUCGCCAAAGAGGUGGGAAAGUGCCUGGACUACGAGGACGACUCCCCCUUCCCCACCGCCGCCUCCCGGCAGCUGCCGCUGCUCGCUCCCGAGGGCCUUGCCGACCUCGCGCCGCUGCUCGAGCUUCCAGACCCCGACAACGCCUCCUUCACCACCGCCGCCUCUGACGCCGACGCGAAUCACGCAAUGAACGCUUCCGCCGACUCCACCGUCAUCCAGGGUGCAGCGCCUGCCGACUCCACCGCCGACGCCGAUGGUCCCCUGCUCACGGAGGUGGAGGUCGUCCUCGCCGAGCUGAGCGGCGCCCGCGGCCUCAGCCCGCGCUCAAAGCGCCUCCUCCUCGCGCUCGUUGACGUCGCCGACGCGGAGCUCAAUGCCAACCCGAAGUCUGCUGUUCUCCACAUUCGCCGCGCUGCCUUCUGGAGGAAGGUGCGGGUCGGGAUCCUCGCCGCGACGGUCUUUUCCGUCGCCGCGAUGGACGCCGCGCUGGCCUUCGCGCUCUACGGUGCCCGCCAUGGCAACGGCCGGUACCACCACGUGCUGCCCCCUACCUGAUGCGUGCACACGAGCCAGCGAUGGAGCCGGUGGAUUUGCUUCGCUUCCCUACCUGAUAAGUGUUUGCCGCUUCCGAUAUUUACCAGUACUUAUGAUUAGCCUUGUCCCUAGACACAUCGUGAUGUUUAAUCGCUGGUGUUUUUACGUGCUUAUAUAGAUAGAACGGAAAAGAAGGGCAUUGUUGUGUUACAGCGAUGUGGUUAGUAGAAUUACCGUGACUGAGAUCUGCUUCAGUAAGAAUGGGUGGAAAAUCGGUAUUAUGCUUACCAGUGCUAGAUGCAAAUUGUAAGAUCAAAACCUCUGGAGAAAGACCGACUAAGUGCCAUACAUAUUUGGCUCCUUUUUGUGGGCACUGUUAUGGUAUUUCUUGAGCAAGGUUUCAUGGA